AUAUUUCUUCUUCACAGUUAUCCCCCCCCCGUCAGCACAAUGAAGUGGGCGUCAGUCGCGUUUGUUUUAAGCGUGUUUUGCAAAUGUGACUUUUGAGCGGCUGGCAGCAGGAUCCGAUCAGUCCUCCAGGAGUCCGGCGGCUCGUCGUGUGCUUGUGGGCUUUUCAGCACCGCGGACAGCUCCGGGCGCGCGGCUCGGCUGCACGCGGUUCAAACUUCAGCCAGCGACGCUCGCCUCCUUCAUUCAUUCAUUCAUCCUGUUCCGCUGUAGUUCACAGCCGCGGCGCGUCCAGGCUGAGGGGCUGCUGCAUAAGGACAUGCGUUGGGUUUACACGAUCCAUUCAUCGCACGGCAGCGCUGGAAACUGAGCAACUGUGCACAGGCUCCAAUCUACAAAAAACUCUGAAGAACAGAGGGACGAAGAGGAUGGUGCUGAUGCUGUAAAUGGCCUCUGUAAGAAUAAAAACACUGGUGCUUUGAGAGCUGGUGCUGCUGCGCCUUGCUGUUCUUUUCUUCAAAGCUUGACCAGACGCUGAAAAGAAACCGCAGGCAGGACGGUGACCUUGUUUUGUCCAGGGAUAUGUCAUUGGGGAGAUCCCCUGUGUUGGGGGUGCGCCCUGUGCCCCGACCCCUCUGGCUGUCCCACCUCAGCCUGCUGUGCUUAUGCGUAUCUCUCUUUGCCCAGGCUCCCCAGGGUUUGCCUGUGGUAGGUUAUAACACCGACUCCAAGAGGGAGAUCACACUGGAUGGGGAUUUGAUGAUCGGCGGCCUGUUCCCUGUGCACCAGAAGGGUGAGGGCGCACAAGACUGUGGGAAGAUCAAUGCUCAGAGAGGGAUCCAGAGACUGGAGGCCAUGCUGCUGGCACUAGAUGAUAUCAACAAGGACGAGCGCAUCCUGCCCGGGAUAAGACUGGGAGCUCAUAUACUGGACACUUGCUCUAAGGACACCUACGCUCUGGAGCAGUCUCUGGAGUUCGUCCGGGCCUCCCUCACCAAAGUGGAUGACAGCGAGUACACAUGUCCUGAUGGCUCCUAUGCCAUCCAUGAUGACGUCCCUCUGGCUAUCUCUGGGGUCAUUGGAGGCUCCUACAGUGAUGUUUCCAUUCAGGUGGCCAACCUUCUGCGACUCUUCCAAAUCCCUCAGAUCAGCUACGCUUCCACCAGUGCCAAGCUCAGUGACAAGACCCGCUAUGACUACUUUGCCCGCACUGUGCCUCCUGACUUCUAUCAGGCCAAGGCCAUGGCAGAGAUCCUGCGUUACUUCAACUGGACGUACGUAUCAACUGUGGCAUCGGAAGGUGACUAUGGCGAGACCGGCAUCGAUGCCUUCCAGCAAGAGGCUCGUGCCCGCCAGAUCUGCAUUGCCACUUCAGCCAAGGUGAGCCGCUCCAUGAGCCGCUGGAGUUAUGAGAAUGUGAUCCGCUCCCUGCAGCAGAAGUCCAACGCCAAGGUGGUGAUCCUCUUCACGCGCAGCGAAGAUGCCCGCGAGCUGCUAGUGGCAGCCAACCGCAUGAACGUCACUUUCACAUGGGUGGCCAGCGAUGGCUGGGGAGCACAGGAGAGUGUGGUGAGAGGCAGUGAGGCUGUGGCCGAUGGAGCGUUCACCAUCGAACUGGCUUCCUAUCAGAUUCCCCGGUUUAAUCAGUACUUCACUGCCUUGCACCCAUAUAACAACACCAGGAAUCCCUGGUUCAGAGAGUUUUGGGAAAACCAGUUCCAAUGCAGCCUCCAUGACCUGGGCUGUGGGAAGCACUCACUCCGCGAGACUCAGUUUCAGCCAGAAUCCAAGAUCAUGUUUGUAGUGAAUGCUGUCUAUGCAAUGGCUACUGCCUUACAUAACAUGAGGCAGGCCUUAUGCCCUAACACCACCAAGGUGUGUGAUGCUCUUAAACCUGGCAAUGGCAGAAAAUUUUAUAGGGACUACAUUCUCAAGGUCAAGUUUGAUGCACCAUUUCGUCCACCAGACACAGAGAAUGUAGUCCGCUUUGAUGCCUUCGGGGACAGCCUCGGCCGUUACAACAUUUUCCACUACCACAAAGAAGGCGAACGCUAUGUUUACCAAAAGGUCGGUUACUGGGCUCAGAGCCUGACCCUGAACACCAGCCUGAUCCCCUGGGCAGGCCAGGUCGCUCCAACCUCCCAGUGCAGUGACCCCUGCAGGAAGAACGAGGUGAAGAGCAUGCAGCCUGGAGAUGUGUGCUGCUGGAUCUGUAUCCCUUGUCAGCCCUACCAGUAUUUGCAGGAUGAGUUCACCUGUGCCGACUGCAGUUUUGGACAGUGGCCCCUGGCCAACCUGACAGGCUGUUACGAUCUGCCCGAGGAGUACAUCCGCUGGGAAGAUGCCUGGGCCAUUGGACCAGUCACCAUUUCCUGUCUAGGCAUGAUGUGUACACUCUUCGUCGUUGGCCUCUUCCUUAAACACAAUGAGACACCUGUGGUAAAGGCUAGUGGACGUGAGCUCUCUUACAUUCUUCUGCUGGGAGUGCUGAUGUGUUAUAGCAUGACCUUCAUCUACAUCGCCAAACCGUCCACAGCAGUUUGCACACUGCGUCGGCUAGGCUUAGGCACCUCCUUUGCUGUUUGCUACUCAGCCCUCCUAACCAAGACCAAUCGCAUCGCUCGGAUCUUCAGCGGGGUGAAGGAUGGAGCCCAGAGGCCUCGAUUUAUCAGCCCGGCCUCCCAGGUUGCCAUCUGCGGUGCUCUGAUCUCCUGUCAGCUGGUCGUAGUGGUGGUUUGGCUUCUGGUGGAGGCCCCAGGGGUGAGAAAGGAAGUGAGCCCAGAGAGGAGAGAUGUGGUCACCCUCAAGUGUAACAGCAAGGACUCCAGCAUGCUUGUGUCUCUCACCUACAACUGCAUCCUCAUUAUCCUCUGCACAGUCUACGCCUUCAAGACACGCAAAUGUCCUGAGAACUUCAACGAGGCAAAGUUCAUCGGGUUCACCAUGUACACCACCUGCAUCAUCUGGCUGGCUUUCCAACCUAUUUUCUAUGUUACUGCCAGUGACUACAGGGUGCAGACCACCACCAUGUGCAUCUCUGUCAGUCUAAGUGGGUCGGUGGUGUUGGGCUGCCUCUUCGCCCCCAAGGUUCACAUCAUCCUGUUCCAGCCGCAGAAGAACGUCUGCACUCUCAGAGUGGCCACCACCCGCUUCAGUGUUACCACCGGCCCAGGCUCCAGUUUUUCUCAAGCAUCAGCCUCCAAUGUCGUUCCAACGGUGUGUAACGGUCGAGAAGUGGUGGACUCCACAACGUCCUCCUUGUGAAGAUUAGAUGAGUUCCUUUGCCAAGCAUCGUAAACAGUUAUAAUCAUUAGUACUGAAUCAGGUGUCUCAAAUAUUAAAGAGGUCACACAGACGAUCGUCCUGACUUUGUUGUCCUCAAAGUGCUGUGAGUACAAUGUCCCAAUUAUUUUAUUUUGUUCUUUGACUCGUAGCGAUUUUAAAUGACAUGUCAAUAAAGUCGCAUACGUAUAGCCCUUGUUUUUAUCGAAGAUUCUACUUGCAACGAUGGAGUAAAUUAUAGUAAAUCUGUUAAAUGUAAUAUAUACAAGACGUUUUUAAUGUAGAUUUUGGUGAACCAGUUUGUGCUUUCUUGUAAUUUAUGUAAAUAAAAUGUGUUUUUUAUUAAUA